AUGGUCGGCAAGGACUGCGUCGCAAUAGCCUGCGAUCUCCGCCUCGGCCUCCAAGCCCUCACCGUCUCCAACAACUUCCCCAAAAUCUUCCAGUACGGCGACGUCUUCCUCGGCCUCACCGGCCUCGCCACCGACGUCACGACCGUCGGUGACCUCUUCCGCUACAAGGUCAACAUGUACCGCCUCCGCGAGGAGCGCAACAUCGCCCCGACCACCUUCGCCAACCUCGUCAGCUCCUCCCUCUACGAGCGCCGCUUCGGCCCGUACUUCGUCUCCCCCGUCGUCGCCGGCCUUGACCCCAAGACGGGCAAGCCCUUUAUCUGCGGCUUCGACAGCAUCGGCUGCAUCGACUUCGCCAAGGACUUCAUCGUCUCUGGUACGGCGUCUGAACAGCUGUUCGGCAUGUGCGAGAGCUUAUGGGAGCCGGAUCUGGGCCCUGAUGAGCUUUUCGAAACCAUCUCCCAGUCGCUCUUGAACGCCGUUGACCGAGAUGCACUAUCUGGAUGGGGAGCGCACGUGUACAUUAUUGAGAAGGACAAGGUCACCAAGAGACUGCUCAAGGGCAGACAAGACUAA